UAACUCAUUGGCCAUGAUUUGUCAGCAUCAUAACAGCAAGGAACAGCUCGGGAAGGAAAUAACUGGAGAGACGGGUGGAGGGAGCACAGAUCCAGAUUCCACGCCCUCACCCAAGAUAGUCCAUAUCGGAUGGCUGGCAGAGAUUAUCGAUGGAACUCUCCACCCCCAUAUUAUGAAAAUCGUGGUUUCCAGCAGGACAAUAUUAAUGGCUUCAGUCGUCCAGUCCAACCCAAUCUGUAUGAAGCCUUUCAGCCGCCCAGACCCCAUCCCUCUCCGGUGCCACAUUAUAUCCCCCAAGUAUCCACCAUUCACUCCGUGCCAGCCGUUAAUCACACCAAGUCCCAAUCAUGGUGCACCCCAAGAAGAAAAAAGAUUGCAUGUAUUGCCACGGCCACCACUCUAGUCCUAGCGCUGCUGAUCGUUGGCGCGGUGCUCUGCUGGUAUUUCGUGACAAUGAGUUGCCAGAGGAGAUGUGGUACAAGCGGAAGCUGUGUGCGCUCCUACGAGUGGUGUGAUGGGGUCGCCCAGUGUCCCGGGGGAGAGGAUGAAAGCUAUUGCGUUCGGACGUACGGGCCUGGCUUCCAGCUCCAAGCCUACAUUGCGGCUGCUUCGGCCUGGCUGCCGGUGUGCAGUGACAACUGGGGGGACACCCUGGGGAGACGUGUGUGCCAGGACAUGGGAUACAGCACUUAUGUCAGAAGCGGAUCAGUGGGUGCCUCAGACAGCGCCGAGGGAUAUCUCAGGCUCAAUACCAGUGUGGCCGAAGGCAAACUGCAGAGCAGAGUUUACAAGAGCUUCGUCUGUACAUCGGGAGUGGUUACAUUGCGCUGUAUAGAAUGCGGCUCCUCUACCAAGAAUGUGGGUAACAGGAUAGUGGGGGGCUCUCAGGCCUCACUGGGCGACUGGCCCUGGCAAGUGAGUCUGCAGUUCAACGAGAGACAUAUCUGUGGCGGCUCUAUAAUUACCCCCAACUAUAUACUCACCGCUGCACAUUGUGUGGAAGGAGUUUAUUCGUCUCCGUACCCGUGGACGGUUUAUGUUGGAUCCCUCUACAAAAGCACCGGCGGGACCCGCUAUUCCGUGAAAUCUCUGAUUGGCCACCAGAAUUAUGAUACAAAGACAAAGAACAAUGACAUCGCCCUGAUGAGGCUGAAAAGCCCCAUAACCCUUACCUCUACAGUCCAACCCGUGUGCCUUCCAAACGCAGGGAUGCUCUGGACAUCCGGACAGUCAUGUUGGACCUCUGGAUGGGGAGCCACCAUUGAAGGAGGCACAUCAAGCGGUGUUUUGAAUGCGGCUAUGGUUCCCUUGAUCGACUCUGAUACCUGCAACAGAGCCGUUGUGUACAAUGGCGCAGUCACUGCCACAAUGAUAUGUGCAGGUUACCUGAGAGGGGGCAUAGACAGCUGCCAGGGGGACAGCGGAGGUCCUUUGGUCACCAAGACUAGCUCCCUCUGGUGGCUGGUUGGGGACACAAGCUGGGGAACUGGUUGCGCCAACAUGAACAAGCCUGGAGUGUACGGGAACAUCACGGAGUUGCUGCCAUGGAUAUUCCUACAGAUGCAGACCAACGGAUAAAGAAGGACCUCAGAGCAGCGGGAAAAAGCAAAGACUUUAGAUCUAUUGCCCUUUGUUUUAUUUUUUCAAUGCUUUCCCCAGUAGAGGACAUCGGAGUUAAUUAGUAUUUUUUUUAAUAGCGUUGCCCUUUUUGUGUAUCUUCUCUAUCGGGAGGGGUUGGAAGCAGAAGAACCGACUAUUCCUCAGUCUGAAUCAAGGUAUUCAAGUAUUUCGAUCUGUUGGUGAUGUGGUGGCUGUGGGGCUGUUCAAGCGGUCCUGCAAUUUCUCAGGGAAAGCACUGCUACUUUUUUUUUUCUAAAUUGUUCAGUUGUAAAUAAUUGUAAAUAUUGUUUUAUUGAUGGCUUAAGCCUCACAUAAAGAUGAAAGCGCUCAUUAAUAAUUGAUAGACACAUCGCUAGGUGCCUAUGUGGGCAAAUAAAGCAAAUGCACUGCAAUUGCCCCUAAUUUGCACCCAUCUAUAUAGUGCUGUGAACUGAACUGCUGGUUGUGCCCAAGUUACCGACUUUGUACCAACUACACUAACCGGCUCAAAUCAAUGCACCUUAAUUAUAUCCCGUACCAUGUUUACCCUGAUUGCACUGGAAUUCUGGGAAAGAAUAUGA